AGUUUUGGAAUCAUAGUGAGCACUUUUAUCAGCUUGCCAUACUGGAUUGGAUUUCUGAUUGAAAGUUCUGUGUUCUUCUGCACUCAUCUAGCCAUGUGGACUUCAGUAGCAGUUUCAGUCUCCAGACUGCUGAUGGUAGUAAAGUUUGAGAAUAUGAUGAUGUACGCACCUGAAAUCCUGUCCCAACGGAUAAUCAAGAUCUUGCUCUUAUUCUGCCUUCUUCUUACAUGCUUUCCUGCAGUAGUUGUCUUCAAUAACGGCAUCUUAACUACCCAAGUCUCUUAUUUUACUGGAUUGGAGGUAACUGACAUGGUAAGCCCACACUUCAUUGCUUUGUCAGGAAGCUCUAUAUUUGCCAUCAUGACUUCAGUAAGUUCAUAUGGUUACAACGGGUACCAUCUAUACCAACAUCACAAUCACAGGAAACCAUUAAAUAACCAUAAGAAAAGAUUCUACUUAUUUCAUGCAAAUGCUGUACAUUUGUAUCUGAGUUGGGCCUACCUUGGCCUUCCUAAUUUGGACUGUCCAAGCUUAGCAUAUAUUGACUAA